CCGGCCCGCGCCGCCUCUUCGCCACCGCCCGCGUCGCCGCUGGGACCCGCUGCGGGCGCGGGGACGCGGCGGGCGGGGAAGCGCGGGCACCCGGCGCGGCCUGCAGGGAGCAAGAAAGCAAAAGGGUUCCUGGUCGCCCAGAGCUGAAGUAAUGAGAAGGCGUCAUGGAGGCCCAGUCCCAGAGCUCCACGACCACUGAGAAGAAGAAAGUGGAGAAUUCCAUAGUGAAAUACUCCACUCGACCAGACGUCAGCGAGAAAGCCGUGGCCUCCAGCACCACUUCCAAUGAGGAUGAAAGUCCUGGACAGACCUAUCACAGAGAGAGAAGAAACGCAGUCACCAUGCAGCCACAGAGCGUGCCGGGGCUUGGCAAGAUCAGCGAGGAACCUUCGACAUCCAGCGACGAGAGGGCCUCGCUGAUCAAGAAGGAGAUCCAUGGGUCCCUGCCCCACCUGGCCGAGCCCUCCGUCCCCUACCGCGGCGCUGUGUUCGCCAUGGACCCCAGGAACGGCUACAUGGAGCCUCACUACCACCCUCCUCAUCUCUUUCCUGCAUUCCAUCCUCCCGUACCAAUCGAUGCAAGACACCACGAGGGCCGUUACCAUUACGAUCCGUCUCCGAUUCCUCCAUUGCACGUGCCUUCUGCCUUAUCUAGUAGCCCCACGUAUUCCGACCUGCCCUUCAUCAGGAUCUCCCCGCAUCGGAAUCCCGCUGCAGCUUCUGAGUCCCCCUUCAGCCCUCCGCAUCCCUACAUCAACCCCUACAUGGACUACAUCCGGUCCCUACACAGCAGCCCGUCCCUCUCCAUGAUUUCGGCCGCCCGCGGGCUGAGCCCCACAGAUGCCCCCCACGCUGGAGUCAGCCCAGCGGAAUACUAUCAUCAGAUGGCUCUGUUAGCCGGCCAGCGCAGUCCCUAUGCAGACAUCAUCCCCUCCGCCGCCACCGCCGGCGCAGGGGCCAUCCACAUGGAGUAUCUUCAUGCCAUGGAUAGCACCAGAUUCCCCAGCCCCCGGCUGUCAGCCAGGCCAAGCCGAAAACGUACACUGUCCAUAUCACCACUGUCCGAUCAUAGCUUUGACCUUCAGACCAUGAUCAGGACGUCUCCCAACUCCUUGGUCACCAUUCUCAAUAAUUCCCGCAGCAGCUCUUCAGCAAGUGGCUCUUACGGCCACUUAUCUGCAAGUGCAAUCAGCCCUGCCCUGAGCUUCACCUACCCUUCUGCACCCGUGUCUCUCCAUAUGCAUCAGCAGAUCUUAAGCCGACAGCAGAGCUUAGGCUCGGCCUUUGGACACAGCCCUCCGCUCAUCCACCCCGCCCCAACUUUCCCGACACAGAGGCCUAUUCCCGGGAUCCCUACGGUUCUGAACCCUGUCCAGGUCACCUCCGGCCCUUCCGAGUCCUCACAGAACAAGCCCACGAGUGAGUCCGCCGUGACCAGCACCGGCGACCUGGUGCAUAAUAAACGCUCCAAGAUCAAAGCCGAUGAAGACCUCCCCAGCCCGGGGCCUCGGGGCCAGCAGGAACAGCCUGAAGGGACAACCCUGGUGAAGGAGGAAGGGGACAAAGAAGAAAGCAAACAGGAGCCUGAAGUCAUCUACGAGACAAACUGCCACUGGGAGGGCUGUUCUCGGGAGUUCGACACCCAGGAGCAGCUGGUGCAUCAUAUAAAUAACGACCAUAUCCAUGGAGAAAAGAAGGAGUUCGUGUGCCGGUGGCUAGAUUGCUCGAGAGAACAGAAACCCUUCAAAGCCCAGUACAUGUUGGUAGUGCACAUGCGUAGGCACACGGGGGAGAAGCCUCACAAAUGCACUUUUGAAGGUUGCACAAAGGCCUACUCGAGACUCGAAAACUUGAAAACACACUUGAGAUCUCACACUGGAGAGAAACCAUACGUCUGUGAGCACGAAGGUUGCAACAAGGCUUUCUCGAAUGCCUCUGAUCGCGCCAAGCACCAGAACAGGACACAUUCCAAUGAGAAACCGUACGUGUGCAAAAUCCCCGGCUGCACCAAGCGCUACACAGACCCCAGCUCCCUCCGGAAACACGUGAAGACCGUGCACGGCCCAGAGGCUCACGUCACCAAGAAGCAGCGUGGGGACGUGCAUCCCAGGCCCCCGGCGCCACGAGAUUCCGGCGGCCACUCACAGUCUAGGUCACCCGGCCGGCAGACUCAGGGAGCCCUCGGGGAGCAAAAGGACCUCAGCAACACUACCUCAAAGCGGGAAGAAUGCCUCCAAGUGAAAACGGUCAAGGCGGAGAAGCCCAUGACAUCUCAGCCAAGCCCUGGUGGUCAGUCUUCAUGCAGCAGCCAGCAGUCCCCCAUCAGCAACUAUUCCAACAGUGGGCUCGAGCUUCCUGUAACCGAUGGAGGUGGUAUGGGCGACCUCAGUGCCAUUGACGAAACCCCAAUCAUGGACUCGACCAUUUCCACUGCAACCACAGCCCUCGCUUUGCAAGCCCGGAGGAACCCGGCAGGGACCAAAUGGAUGGAGCACGUCAAGCUAGAAAGACUCAAACAAGUGAAUGGAAUGCUUCCGCGACUGCAUCCCAUUCUACCCCCCAAAGCCCCUGCGGUCUCUCCUCUCAUAGGAAACGGCAUGCAGCCCAGUACCAGCGGCAGUCUGGGCGGGCCCCCGCCCCUUCUCCCGAACAGAAGCGACCUUUCUGGGGUGGACAUCACCAUGUUGAACCUGCUCAACCGGAGAGACAGCAGCGCCAGCACCAUCAGCUCCGCCUACCUGAGCAGCCGCCGCUCCUCCGGCAUCUCGCCCUGCUUCUCCAGCCGCCGGUCCAGCGAGGCGUCCCAGGCCGAGGGGCGGCCCCAGAACGUGAGCGUGGCCGACUCCUACGACCCCAUCUCCACCGACGCCUCGCGCAGGUCCAGCGAGGCCAGCCAGGGCGACGGCCUGCCCAGCCUGCUCAGCCUCACGCCCGCCCAGCAGUACCGCCUGAAGGCCAAGUACGCCGCCGCCACGGGCGGUCCGCCGCCCACCCCGCUGCCCAACAUGGAGAGGAUGAGCCUCAAGACCCGGAUGGCCCUGCUGGGCGAUGGCAGGGAGCCCGCGGGGACCCUGCCGCCCGUACAUCCUCCCCGGAGAUGCAGCGACGGCGGCGCCCACGGGUACGGCCGGCGCCCGCUGCUGCCCCAGGAUGCGCUGGGCAAUGGCGUGAGAAGAGCCAGCGACCCGGUGCGGACGGCGUCCGAGAGCCUCUCCCUGCCCCGGGUGCAGCGGUUCAACAGCCUUAACAGCUUCAACCCUCCGGUGUUGCCUCCAUCCCUGGAGAAGCGUAAUCUAGUGCUUCAGAACUACACGCGGCCAGACGGGGGCCAGUCCCGACACUUCCACGCGUCUCCCUGUCCCCCGAGCAUUUCUGAGAACGUCACCCUGGAGUCCCUGGCCAUGGACGCCGAUGUGGGCCUGAACGAUGAGGAUCUCCUGCCCGACGACGUGGUGCAGUAUUUAAAUUCCCAGAACCCAGUCGGGUAUGGGCAGCACUUCCCGGGCACCGUCUCUGAUGACAGCAAAGUCCCCCACGGGCCCGGCUUGGGGAGCGGGCCCGGCGACUUUGACCCCCUUGGGCUGCCCGGCAGCCACGCCAGCCAGCAGUAUCGCGGGCUGGAGCCGCCCUGCACUGAUGCCGGUAAAUCCGACCUGCCCAUUCAGUGGAACGAAGUCAGCUCAGGCAGCGCCGACCUGUCCUCCUCCAAGCUGAAAUGCGGCCAGCGGUCCACAGCGCAGCACGCCCGCGCCUUCGGGUUGUACAGCCACGUGGGCGUCCACCCACAGAAUCCCUUGAGGAGCGGGGCUGGCCCGGCUGGGGGGUAUCCGACCCCCGGGGAGCACGGCGGCUCCUUCGGGGGCCCGGAGCACUUGGUGAGCCACGGCGGCGGCGGCGGCGGCGGAGCUGCGGGCACCAACGGGAACGCCUUCCACGAACAGCCCUAUAAGGCCCAGCAGUAUGGGAACUGCCUGGCCCGGCAGCCCGGCCUGCUCGACGGGGCCUGCGGUGCCGGGAUGCAGGCAGCAAAGCUGAAAAGCAUGCCCGUGCAAGGGAGCGGGAGCCAGCCGGAUUUUGGCCUGUCGGCCCCGAACGAGUCAGCUGGCAGCACGGUGAACGGCAUGCCCAGCCCAGACCCGGUGGGGCAGGGGUACCUGGCGCAUCCGCUCCUCAGUGACGGCAUGCACCCCCAGGGGGCAGGCCGCCCCGGGCAGCACAUGCUGGGGCACGGUAGCGCUACCUCACAUAUCCACGUCUAUCAAGGGCCAGAAAGCGGCCUGCCAGGGCCUCCCAGCACCGGCAUCCAGCCGUCGAGCCUGGCAGCCGUCAGGGGCUACCAGCCGUGUGCCAGCUAUGGGGGCAGCCGGCGCCAGGCUGGGCCGAGGGGCGGCCUCGCUCUGCAGCCAGGACAGCUCUGUGACCCAAGUCAGACCUGCAGGGUGAAUGGCAUCAAGACGGAGAUGCCAGGGCAGCCCCCUCAGCUCUAUUCGAAUGUGCAGAGUUACUCUGGUCAGUUCUAUGACCAAACCAUUGGCUUCGGUCAGCAAGACAUGAAAACUGGGUCCUUCUCCGUGUCAGAAGCCAACUGCCUGCUCCAGGGGGCGAGCGCAGAAAACUCUGAAUUACUCUCCCCAGGUGCUAACCAGGUGACGAGCACCGUGGACGGCCUCGACAGCCACGACCUGGAAGGGGUGCAGAUUGAUUUCGACGCUAUCAUAGAUGACGCGGACCACGCCAGCCUGAUGUCAGGAGCCCUGAGCCCCAGUAUCAUUCAGAACCUUUCUCACAGCUCGUCCCGCCUCACCACGCCACGCGCCGCCCUCCCGUUGCCAGCUCUGUCUCUGAGCACCACCAACAUGGCAAUCGGGGACAUGAGUUCUCUGCUGACCUCCCUCGCGGAAGAAAGCAAAUUCCUUGCAGUUAUGCAGUAGGCAUUAGGGGGGAAAAAAAAAAAGACUGCCAAGAGACCUGAAACUUUAGGAGUUUAAAAGAUUAAAUUGACCCUUUUUUUUGGCUGUUUCGUUUUUGUUUUUUUUAGUUCUGUAUAUGUUUUAGCAAUCUCAUCUCACCUAACUGGGAUGUGUUUCAAGUAUAUUCCUUUUAUGGAAAAGGACUCUGAAAAACCCUAAAGUAUUCUAGGGAGAAACUGUCUUCCAUUUCAGUUUUGAAUCAGUAUUGUUACACUCGAAACACCCUCUUUUUUUAAAAACUGUAAGCCUGCCCCCCUCCUUUUUUUUUUAGUAAACCGGUGUAAAUGUGUGAUGUGCAUGUUCUUUCUUUCUUUUUGGAGAGAGGGCAGAUGAAAGGAUUUGACAUGUUUCUCUGUUACUCCAAGGAAAUAGGAACUGGUGUGCUUGUGACCAAGGGGUUACACUUCCAGCUUUUUUCCAUUUUCCUUUACGUGUGUUCAACGUUUGUUUUCGUGUUUUGUUUCUUUUGUUUUUUAAUUCCCACACUGGGCACGAGAAUCAGAACAUGGAGAGGGAGUUUGGGAAUCUCUUGUGAGUGUACUGUAUCAGAGGUCACAGGUUUUUGAGGUGCUCCUUGCCCGCAGUUCAGUUCAGAGCAUGCUUUAGACAGAUACACACAGGUCGAAAUUUGGGACUCCUGCACAUGACAUGGUGUGCCCACCACUGGGGUUUAAAAUUCUUCCUGUCCAUACGUGAGCUUGGGGUGGGUACGUCUGUAUGACCUUGCCUCCUGUCUCUCUUUCUGUCCAUGAAUGUUCAGUGCUCUUCCAGGGAGACGGGGAAGGGCGCUGGGUGACACUCAGACAUAUGCUGUUACUUUCAUCUGUUCUGGUAAGAAGGUAGGUGGACUGCAGAUUCAAGCUACCGUGGAGAAUUUGUUUGGGGAAUAUUUGUGGGUUUGCGUAUUUGUUGGUAGUUCCAUCUCUUGCCCCAUUUUCGUAGAUAACUGAGAAUUGAUGAUGUCUAGUUCUGAGUAUAUAGGUACUUGACCCCACAACUGGCUAUGUCAUUAACAUAUGUUAAUUCCACUAUAGCGAAGGAGUAUUUCUAUUCUAAGUGCCCUAUUUUAGGGGAUUUAUAAAACUUGGUUGUAGAAGAAAAAAGCUCACAGACAAAGAUAUUUGGAAUAAAUCGCUUCAAAUAUUUUUAGUAUUUGAAAGCACCAGGGAAGAAGUUUUGUAGCUGUGUGGAUACCUUUUUUUUGCACCCUAUCUAUUAAGUGAUGCAUCCAUUUAAGAAGUUAAGUGUUGUAUGCAGUUUGUCCUUCAUGUGGACUUAAUCUGGACUUUUUUGGAUGAAAACAUUUAAAGAUUUGAAAAGUGCAGCUACUCCCCAGGUGCAGUUGCUACACAUAAAAGACAUACUAGGUGUGCACAGAGUAUGUGGAUUAUCCAGCAUUUUACUUUUAAAAAUACGUAAGCUAUGAAAAUAAAACAUCGACACCUCAGGCUACCUGCUGUAUUCUGUCCCCUUGACCCUGGAGUUGGAUUUUUCCAAAGUGAUUCAUGAGUCCAUCAUGUGGCUUUUCCCCUUUAUUCCUGCCAUUUAAAUGAGUAUUAGACAAAAUCAAAUAAAAGUAUUAAAUAGAAAGAAUAUUAGGAGCAGUCCAUUAUUCUCAUGUUUACGUUCUCUCAUUUGGACCAAGAAUCUCAGUGUGGAAGUAAAAUUGCCCUUUGGGACUUUGGCUAAGACAGUCGGUUUGCUUUCAACUAAAUGAAAGCAGAGAGAUGCUGAGGUUCUCCGGCCAUCCCCACCCCCUUCCCCGUGCAACACCUACAUUUAAAUCAAAGGAAGCAUCCACUUCAGAACAGAGUCUAAAAUCAAAAGACAAGUAGUGAUCUGAGCGAGGAGAGUUGAGUCUCUACCACUUUUCAAUGGAAAGAUCAAGGCAUUUUCUGUGUUCUUCACACAGGUCACGAUCUGGUUACAAAAUCAGUAAUCCAUUCCAUGAAUCUUGUUUUUGCCACGAACUCAAAAUCUCCAGGUCCUGGUCUGAGCUCGCACGCCCCUGUGGCUUAAUCCAAUCCCUGUCUUCCUUCUCCUCCAUCUGAAUCCUUUCCCCACUAGCAUUCCUAGAUGUGUCCUGCAUUUAUCAAUUGCUAUAAUUUCCCAUGUCACCUUUGCCACUACGUGGAAGGAUGGAUGGAGCCUGGGAUGAGCACGGUUGUCACCUCGUGCCUCUGUUUUUCCUUUGGUUUCUGCUGAUUCUCCGGGUUACCCCCUAUCUUUUUCUCUUCAUACUUUGUUUUCUUUGCUCCCGCCUUCAGAUUUGCGGGAGACACUCAUGCUUCAGCUCAGUAUUUGGCUUCUCUCAGUAUGGAAAUCUCAGAAAGAUGGAGGAAAGGAGAGGUGGAAGAGGCAAGUGUAUGUUUUCAAUCUGUUGUGAUAGUGUAAGGAAGAUCUUCUGGGACCACUUACAAGUGUCCCGUCUGGACAUGGAUCUCUGUAGACUUGGCGUCUCCUGUGAUGGAACCCAUCCCCAGCCUCCAGUCUUCUCUCCACUUCCCUGUCCCUUGCAUUUAGGGAGAUAACACCACCUCUCUAGGGUCCUGGCUACUUCCUAAUGCAGGCUCAUACACGGUACCGCCGUCUGGCAUCCACGUUAAGCAUGUCGAAUCCAUUUUGUUUUCUAAAGAACUAAUUAGACUGUCCCUGCGCCUCACUCACUGGCUCACCCUCUUGAGCUGCAGAGUUUCGAUUCUUGCGAUGUAUGUGCCUUAUUUUAUGUUAAUGUCGUCGAAGCGAGGGACCACUUGGUGUUGCCCAGUCAGGGCUCGAGGCUGCGUGCUCCCCAGACGAGAGCACACGAUUGUAGCAGAGUCUGAGCUGUCUUGUAACCUGGCUUCCCAUGUUGUUUUGAACUGAUAGGAGGAUGUCCUCUUCUGACAAGUUACUGUUGUGUAUUCUGCAAACGUGUAAGAUAAAAUACGAGUUCAUUGUUUUCACCUUUUUUAGAUUUUUUAAAAAAUAAAAUGUGUAAUCCUUUUUUUAAAAGAAACACGUGUAAAUACAUUUAAGUAUUGUAGGCAUAGUGUUUGGACGUGGCCGGCCCCGGGCCUUCCUCGGAUUAGCCUGCAGCCCGUGCAAUGCCCACCCGCGCCCACCUCUAGCCCGGGGCUGCCGCCCCGCCACAGAUGGACUCUACUUUUGCUUUCAGAACCACUUAGUCUUUUUAUAACAAAGAGAAAGAACAAUGUUUCUUACAAUGUCAAUAAAAAACUCUUUGUACUGAAA